AUGUCCAACAAGGCCGUCAACAGAAAAAGAGCUCUAUUGAUCGGUAGUCCAUUGGAACUUUCUGCUGUCGACAACGACUUGGACUCCAUACAGAGUGUACUUGAGUUGCAUCGAUUCAGCACAACGAGGUGCUGCCGAGAAGGGGAGAACAAGUACGCCGCUACUCGAGAAGGGAUCUUUGAUGCCAUUGAUGCUUUCACCAAAGACACCCAAAAAGAUGAUUCAGUGGUUCUGUAUUACAGUGGCCAUGGGAAUAUCGCUGAGCGAGCCCAUGAUCUCCAACACCAAGGCAACGCGACCACCUUGGAUCGUUGGCGUCUCCAGUUCAUCGUACCACUAGACUUCAUGGAUAAUGUGAACGGCAACCGCUUCAAGGGAAUCACCGAUUUUGAACUAUCCAACAAGCUUGUGACAUUGUCACAGAAGACUAGCAAUAUCACCCUCAUCCUCGACUGUUGUCAUUCCACUCGUAUGGCUAGAGCUGGCGCUGCUGUCAAGUCGCUAAACCUUGACGAUUACCCGUGGAUCGCAGCGCAUGUUCGCGACACCAUCGAUUCUGGGCACUUUUCCGAACCACUAUGGUCCUUGGGUAACCCGUCAGUGGUAAGAAUUGCUGCUGCUGAAGCAACGGAACCUGCCUGGGAGGACUACAUCCAAAGCACUCCUCAAGAUCAAAAGAAGCGCAAGUCUGUUCUAACUGAAGCACUCGUCGAAGCUUUGCAGCAUGUGGCAUCGACAAAUAUACGUAUGUCAUGGGACCGAGUCAUGCUUCGAGUAAGAGACCGAGUCCUAGCUACUAUGCCACAUCAACAUCCCAGUAUUUCGGGACCAUCCAAUAGAUUCUGCUUCGACACGGCUGAAGACCAGGAACAACUUGGGCUUCCGAUUUCGAAAACCCCAGCAGGUACUUUCAAACUUCAUGGUGGACAUCUUCACGGUGUGGCAAAGGAUGACACCUACGCAAUUGUGCCCACCGAAGCUACUACUGUUGACCCAGCCUAUCAAAUUGCCGAGGCAACAGUUAUCGAUGUGAGAGAAAGAGAUGCGAUACUGCAUUUGACUUGGAGUGGUGCCCAUAGUACGCUACCAAACCGAGGAGCUCAUGCCAUUCUAACUCGUCGAACACUGCCAAAGUCUCCUGUCAUCGUACAAGGGAGCAACCAAUUCUUUCAGAACCUCUCAGAGGCUAUUGGCCGAUCAAGCCAUUUGUGUGUCGGAUACGAUUUCCCUACACGACUGGCUUUUGUACGGCAGGAUGGUGAUUCCAUCAUCUUAGAGGAUGACAGACAGCAAGUAGUUCGACGAACUGAAAACCCCUCAGUGACCGAGUUCAUACGUAUCCUUGAAGGCCUUUCCAAAGGAAAGAAAUUACUAAGUCUGCAAGGAGCGCCUGCAUCUUCUUGGCCACUCUGCGACGUAUCGGUCACGUUUGGCCUUGUCAACGACAAUGGUGACAGAUUUCCUUUUCAAGGUCCUGGGGCACGCAUUGAAGAGGACCAAUCAGUCUAUUUUGAGCUGGUCAACAAUGGAAAUCGUAAAGUCUACGUUUCCAUCUUGGACAUAUGCUUAAAUCACAUAACAGUGGUCAACGAGGACGGAAACGAUAUCCCUGCGGGACAGACACUGGAAAUAGGCGAAACCGCCGACGGUGAACUCAAGGGGCUACAAGUAUCGUGGCCGGAUGAUGUACCAAGAGAUAGGAAUCAGUCCAUCAAGAUGACGGCAGCCUUAAUCAUGACAAGUUACAACAUAGACCUCAGCCACUUGGAAACUGGGUCCCCGUCAACCUUCAGAAGUAAAGGACCAGGAGCUGAUUUGAUCAGUAUGAUUGACCAGAUCUUGGGUGGAGGGGACAGGCCAAUGUCAAAGGUCAUGGCCAAGGUGAAGAAGGGCUCUCCUGGGUUUGGAAUGUGGACUCUGGAAUACGAAAUGGUACCUACGAAUGUGUGA